AGCGGCCAAUCAUUAACUGUUGAUUUGCUGCAUAAACCUUGUAACCAUUUAGCCUUUCAGAAUUAAAUUGUAAAGUUUAAAAUUAUUAUUGGGACAGGGAACCAAAACAAAAGAGCCACACGCUGUCUGAUCUGGCACACCUGGGAAGCAGCCAAGGGGGUCCACAAGUCAGGUUCUUGGCUAAAGUGCCGAAGACACCUCCCACCAGCGCAGAGAGACAGAUACACCUCGGUGGGACCUAGCCUCGGGGUCACAAUCUGGAAUGUAUCUUGUCUGGUAUCAUGUCUGUGAAUGGGAAGAAGGUACUCCACAUGGACCGGAAUUCUUACUAUGGAGGAGAAAGUGCAUCGAUAACUCCUCUGGAGGAUCUGUUUAAAAGGUUCAAGGCUGCCGGGUGCCCUCCAGAAUCUAUGGGAAGAGGCAGGGACUGGAAUGUAGAUCUGACACCCAAAUUCCUUAUGGCAAAUGGCCAGCUCGUUAAAAUGCUGCUUUACACAGAAGUUACCCGUUACCUAGACUUCAAGGUGGUAGAAGGAAGUUUUGUGUACAAAGCAGGGAAAAUCCACAAAGUCCCAUCUACAGAGACCGAAGCUUUAGCUUCUGAUCUAAUGGGCAUGUUUGAAAAACGUCGUUUCCGAAAAUUUUUAAUGUUUGUUGUUGGCUUUGAUGAGCAUGACCCUAAAACAAACCAAGGCAUCGAGCCCAAAAAGACCACGAUGCGAGAUGUCUACAAGAAAUUUGAUCUUGGACAAGAUGUCAUUGAUUUCACAGGACAUGCUUUAGCUCUGUACAGAACAGAUGAUUACUUGGACCAACCAUGUCUGGAUACCAUCAAUCGCAUUAAAUUGUACAGUGAGUCAUUGGCACGGUACAGCAAGAGUCCCUACCUCUAUCCUCUCUAUGGACUGGGAGAGCUGCCUCAAGGCUUUGCUAGACUGAGUGCUAUCUAUGGAGGCACUUACAUGCUGAACAAACCCGUGGAUGAAAUUGUGUUUGAGAAGGGACGUGUGGUGGGUGUCAAGUCAGAUGGAGAGACAGCUCGUUGCAAGCAGCUGAUCUGUGACCCCAGCUACGUACCCAGCCGGGUAAAGAAGGUUGGAAAGGUCAUAAGGGUCAUCUGCAUCCUCAGCCAUCCAAUCAAAAGCACUAAUAAUUGUAAUUCCUGCCAGAUCAUCAUUCCGCAGAUGCAAGUCAACAGGAAGUCAGACAUCUACGUUUGCAUCAUGUCAUAUGCACACAAUGUGGCAGCUGAAGGAAAGUACAUUGCCAUUGUCAGCACCACUGUGGAGACCAACAGUCCUGAGAAGGAGGUUCAGCCAGCGCUCGAGCUUCUAGAGCCGAUUGACAAAUCAUUUGUCUCAAUCAGUGAUUUGUACCAACCAAUGGAUGAUGGAAAAACAAGUCAGAUUUUUAUCUCAAGUUCUUAUGAUGCCACCACCCACUUUGAGACAACUUGUGACGACAUAAAAAGCAUUUACAAGCGAAUGACCGGCACGGACUUCAACUUUGAGAACAUGAAGCGCAAACAGAAUGAUGUGUUUGGAGAUGAUGCAUAGUAGUCAUACAUUAGGUUGUGUUUUGUUCCUUCACAGCACUUUCAUAUGAGAAAACUGAUGGGAACUAUUAGUGAGUUAGAUUUCAACUUCCAGAGAUACGUACAGUUGUCCAAAGAAACAGCCACCUCUUCAUUUUAAUUUGUUUUUCAAAUGUUAUAUAUUUUUCUUAUUUGGUGGGGGUGGGUGGUGUGGUUGCAAGGUAAAGAGACAAGACUUCACAGCCCAGCCUGGCUCGCGUGGUCUGCACUAAGUAGAUAAAAGUCUGCACACUUGGCAAGUUUGUGAUAACGGUGCUUCUAUUAUAGUGAGAUUGGUUUCAAGGCCUAUCUGUAUGAUGAUUUUAAAUCUCAUUUUCACCACAUGCCCACUCUUUGCAUGUGAGUAAAAUUUAUCACUUCCUGUUAGUGUAAACCAGAGGGUUUCUGCAAACAGCUUUAGCUGUAAAUUUUUCAUUCCACCACCCACAUCCGUCAUGCAUUGUUGUGAAGGUGGAUCAACAUACCAUCCAUAUUAAUUUUCUGGUGGUAUAAAUGGAGAGGUAAUUCUAUUAAUAUAUGUAAUGUUCCUGAUCAGUGUUCGGAAGACCUCCUAAGUUUGUGACUGUAUUUAUUAAAAAAAAAACUUCAUAAAUCACUAA